CGAUUUACGAGUGAACUUAUUUGGAUAUUUACGGAGCUUAAUCAUUCCUUGGCUAUUGUGACUCAUUCCUCUGCCUCCCUCGAUCCUCGCAUUCCCUCACUCCCUCCCUCAACGCACCCUGCAUGUCUCCACGCCGCCACCGCCCCAGACAGUACGACGGCAAGUACGUAUAUCGGCGACGGAAGGUUCAGGACCGCGUGAGGGAGAACAGCGUGGUGAAAACCUUCGGGCCGCUCAACAGAUCCUUCAGCAUUGACUUGCCCAGGAUCGUGGUGCAUCCCGGGGACACAGACGCCCCGGGGGAGGAACUCUACGUCCUACGACAAACUAAAUCAUCACAGGAUCUGAGCGACGACAAGAGCAGCAUCAACGAGGACACGACCAGCGGAAGUGAGGAGCAGCAGGAGAGCAAUGCAGCGGCCAGGAGUCGGUGGAAAAGCGACAACAUCAGAAACCGCCUCUUAAAAUCCGUGGCGAGGCGAGAAGGGGAUAAAGUGACUCUCCUCGUGCCUCUCAUGCCAGUCUACGGACGCAACGCAGGCGACGCGAUAAGGUCCUGGAUACGCACCAACACACAAGAGUCCCGCUGGAGCACCUCUGCAAUGGCGCACAGAUACCUAGCCAGCCCCGUCAGAUCCGUGGGCACGCAGACUGACCCGAUCAUCACCAUCACCGCCUCGUCCUCCUCCUCCACUCCCUGCAGGCGAGUUGGCGGUGACGGUGAUGACGCCUCCUCCUCCCAUCACUAUUCUCCAUCUGGUUGGGACAGAUUAGUGGACAUGGAGAAUAUUGGGACACGGCUACGGGCGUCCACCCCACACAAGUCGCAGGACCUGGCGAGCGAGGGGGCGUCCGCAGAGUGCUCGGUGGAGGUGCGGGGCGGCGGGCAGGCAGUGGGAGUAGGUGGGCAGCAGGUGGGCAGUGCACGCCGCAUGCCUGACCCCGUGGAGGUGAGCAGCGUGACCUACCUGUCCGUGCCGGAAACUCCCGUGUCCCGAAGGCCCUCCACUGCUGACCUGGUGAUUGAGAAGUUGCAGGUGGAGAAGGUGGAGGGCGGUGGACUCAGCAUCCAGGGAGUGUCCUUGGCCUCCAACUGUCAUGUGACCUUGUGUGUGUUCGGCGUGUUCUUCAUGCUGGCUGGCGUUGUGCUCUCCUACAUCAGCUACAGCGUUACUCUUGGGGCAGACGAGGAGGGAUCUGAAGGGAAGGAGAAGGGCCCUGAGGAGCAUCUGGCUAGCGUGUCCCAGAUGAGGAUGAUCGGGCCGGCCUUCCUGGUGGUGGGGUUCCUCAUGGUGGGUCUCGGGAUAACACUCUUCGUCCUGGCCAGAAAGAUCAGUCGAGACGAGAAGGCCAAGCAGCUGGUGAUCUCAGAGCAACAACUGUGUGAGCUUGAGAGCAGCUUCAGUUACUCAGCCGCGUCUCCAAUGCACACUGCCUACCCGGCACCUAAUCAGCCCUACCCGAUCCUGGCGGUGCGGCGCAAUUCCUGGUGGGUAGAUUCCAUGCCAAAGGACGCCGCCACAUCAGCAGAGGCACAGGACAGCGCCGUGCAGUGUCCCUCGCCCAUAGAGGAGAGUGUGGGCGGCACACCUACGCGCAUUCUCACCCCAGUGCCCCUUGAGCUCCUGCCUGACCUCUCUGAUCCCAUUGCGGACAUCGCCUGCUUCCCCCCAUCCUCCACCCAGACGGGAUUCUCGCCGGACGCACAGUCACCACCACCCUCCAGAGACGACGGAGACAUGGACAAAGAGGCAAACCUGAUGGAGGUGCGCAGUGACAUCCCCACUUUGUUCACGGCUGCGCAGGAGAUACGCCCGAGCUCUACGUUAUCCCGAAUACCCAGUGGAGAAGCCGCACCCCCGCGCCUCACAAACGGCCAGGACAUGCGUGGCGGAAUGCUCAAGCCCUCCAGCGCCGCGCAGAGCCGCUCCCAUGGUGUGUCAGUGCCUUCCUCCGCCGGGCAGAUCCCCUCUAUUCAGGUCACCGCCGCCACCCCUGUGUUGCCGCCGCUCCCCCGCCUCUCCCGCCACCACUCCUCCAGGCCGGACAGCCGCCCCACCACCGCGGACUCCAGAUAAUCCACGCAACCUGAGGACGAACUCUCCCCAAGGUGUUGAUCCUCCUCCCACGCGCACUGACUUCGUGGUGAAAAUACUCACUCAAAAAAGAAAAAAUAUAAGUUUCGUUUGGUUGUUACCGAGCGAGAAUACACGGGAAUAUAUACAGGA